CUGAGACUUUGAUUUUGUACUGGAAUACCCAACGACCGCGAAAACGUGAACUAAAAUCAAAUAAAGCGCCGCAAAUUAUUUUGAUUCCCCGGUGACGAGAAUUGUUCUCAGCCCAGCCACCCAACCCUGCGCGAUGGUUGAACGCUUUUCUGUAGAGCAGAUCUCCGCCUCAUCCAAGCAAAAGUCUGGGAUGUCAAAGACGAAGACCCUGCUUCUCAGCAUUCUCAUCAUUCUGCUGUCGCUCUGCGCUGUAGUGGCUCUCAUCGUCGCCUCGAUCGCAAUGAAAAAGACACGCGAGCUUGAAGACUUCAAGUCUUCGCUCUUCAUCAGUGACCUAGGGCGCAUUUUCAAUAGCACGGCCUAUGCUAUUGCAAAAAGUGGACCUGAUGCACCGGCAUGCAGUAAUAUUACUGCCGAGACUGUCACCGGCCAAACGACACUGCCUGGUAAUUGUGUGUCUGUGAAAGAGAGCUAUGAUAUGUGGGUGACCAGGCUGGCAGAUAACUGUGCUCCAUAUCUUUUUGCCGAGGAGAAUUGUACUGGUGCUUUUAGAGAGUUUGAGAAGUUGGCUACCCCUGCCUGUAUCGUUGCAGCAGGAGGAGGCCGGUUGAGCGGGAAGGAGGGGAACUUUUACAGGAGCUUUCAGAUAUCAUGUACCUAGAGAUCGGCACCGUGAAGCUGCAAGAUAUAAGAAGGGAAGCGACAAGUGUUGUCCUUUGACAUAGAUCGUUCGCCGAAAUAUUACAAAGUCAAG